UGUGAUCCAUCAAGGAUGGGGAAAAUGGGAUCCUCAAUGGCUCCUCUUCUUUUUACUGCCUUUGUGGCUCUUCUUUCCCUAAGCUUCCCAUCAACCACCCAUGCUAAUUAUGUGUAUGCCUCUCCCCCUCCUCCUAAGAAGGUAGACUAUCCGCCUCCAGUCUACCAUUCUCCGCCACCACCUAAGAAGGUGUAUUACCCUCCUCCCGUUUACUCACCACCACCGCCCAAGAAGGUGUACUACCCGCCUCCAGUCUACCACUCUCCUCCACCACCUAAGAAGGUGUACUACCCGCCUCCCGUCUACCAUUCUCCCCCACCGCCCAAGAAGGUGUACUACCCGCCUCCUGUCUACCACUCUCCCCCACCACCCAAGAAGGUGUACUACCCGCCUCCAGUCUACCAUUCUCCCCCACCGCCCAAGAAGGUGUACUACCCGCCUCCCGUCUACCAUUCUCCUCCACCGCCCAAGAAGGUGUACUACCCGCCUCCCGUCUACCAUUCUCCCCCACCGCCCAAGAAGGUGUACUACCCGCCUCCAGUCUACCACUCUCCCCCACCGCCCAAGAAGGUCUACUACCCACCUCCUGUCUACCACUCUCCCCCACCGCCCAAGAAGGUGUACUACCCACCUCCUGUCUACCAUUCUCCACCACCGCCCAAGAAGGUCUACUACCCACCACCCGUCUACUCCCCCCCACCGCCCAAGAAGGUAUACUACCCGCCUCCAGUCUACUCUCCACCACCACCCAAGAAGGUAUACUACUCGCCUCCAGUCUACUCUCCACCACCACCCAAGAAGGUAUACUACCCACCUCCAGUCUACUCUCCACCACCACCCAAGAAGGUAUACUACCCACCUCCCGUCUACUCACCGCCACCACCCAAGAAGGUCUACUACCCGCCUCCAGUACACUCUCCACCACCACCAGUCUAUUACUACUCAUCCCCACCUCCUCCCCACUACUAGGAACUAAAUUCCCUUCCACAUCAAGGAAGAUGAGGUGAGCAUACAGUAUAUGUCGAACUUAAAAUAAGACGCUUUGAAAGAUCUGAAGCACAGUGUGAAGUUCUUUUUCAUAUAUUAAUGUAUCCGUUUUCAAAUCCUACGUAUUUGCUUCCAAUCCUAUGUUGUCUUGUAAUGGAGCUCAGCUCAACUCAACUCAGCUCAACCUUUUUUUGCUCAAAGGGUUGUGCUUUAUUUUAUCUAUAUUUGCGUCUUCAGGAAUGCAUUGUCAACUUUCUUCCUCCCUAA